AUGCACUUGCGGAUCGGUAGCUUUGUAAGAGUGACAAGAAACUGCAUGAUGAGUUUAUCUAGUGCGGAGAGCAGCGCCACCGAUGAUAAUACUGGAUAUUCAAAGCUUAAUGGCAAAAAGAACCAAUCUGUAACAAAACCGGUAUCCUUGGAUUCAACCACAGGUGAGGUGCUUGUGCGUACAAGCACCGGAAAAACCAGGGUUCGCAGGGGUCAAAGUGAUGAGGAGUACAAGAGACAGCUUCAUGACUAUUUUCAGGUACAGAAUGGUCCUAAAGUGACAGAAGUUGGGUGGAUGGACCAUGAAAAUGCCAAUGCUAUGCUUAACGCGGACAUCGAUUUCAGUAUCAAGCCAGAAAGACAAAAAAUUGCAGGCUUUUGUCGAGUUUUAUACUACAGAAGGCAAUACAGCGAAUGUGCAGAGUUAUGUGGGAAACUGAUACCCAGAUAUGAAGAGAUAAACAAGAAUAACAAAAUCAGGAAAGAAAUAAACGAAUUAGGGUAUAUGUUAGAACGAUCUAGACAGCUACUACAAUAA